AUGGACGGCUUCAGUUUCAAAGAAACUGAAAAGGGCCAAGCGGCGUGCAGAGCCGACAGAUGUGACUCCUUACCUCCAGAUAGCCUGAAAGUGGAUCAAGAACGCCUCAGAACAAGUAGUGAAAGCCUUCGCGGCCAUGAGACAGACGACUCCGACCCGCUUGAACCACUCGAGCUUGCUCUCACACCAAACCUGGAGACCCAGGAUGAGAUUGACGCGCGCGUACCCAUCUCGCAUAUCGGGACUGCAUCGAGUGUCGGAAGCUCAGCCUCGCGUCCUCCCAGCUACGAGGUUAUCUUUGGAGAGGGGGACCUCGAUAACCCGCGAAACUGGCCGUCCUGGUACCGCUACUGGCUGAUCCUGUGCGUGUCCUAUACCACCUGGGUCGUUGUCGUGUAUAGUACCAGCUACACGUCGGCGAUUCCUGGCCUGAUGAAAGCGUUUAACGAGUCGAGUGAAACUGUGACUACUCUUGGCGUCACCUCGGCGCUGUUCGGAGCCGCGCUGGUCUCUAACAGUCCAGCAACGGUUGUCGACAUCUCCAGCGAGGAGUAUCGCGCUUUUUACAUAUCGCUCGUGUCGAUUGCGCCCCUUAAUGGCCCGGUGACUGGACCAGUUAUAGGUGGCUUUGUGUUCGAAUACCUUGGAUGGCGAUGGGACAGCUGGAUCGUUCUGAUCCUCGCCGGCGUUGCUAUUGCGCUUAUGUUCACGGUAAAAGAGACCUAUGCGCCUGUUGUUCUCAAGGCAAAGGCUGCUCGCAUCCGCAAAGAAACAGGAGAUGACCGGUAUUGGUGCCGGUACGACCAGAAAAUAUCGAUACCCCAUCUCCUAAAGAUCAACAUGAGCCGGCCGUUCAUCCUCAGCUUCACGGAGCCGAUCUUGUGGUUCUUUAAUAUUUGGAUAUCUGUUGUCUACGGUAUUCUGUACCUCUGCUUCGUGGCAUACCCCAUUGUCUUUCGCAAGCACCGGGGCUGGAGUGCUGGCACGGCAGGUUUGGCAUUUGUCGGCAUGGGAACCGGUACGAUGCUUGCCAUUGUGAGCGAGCCCAUCUGCAGAAAGUUCAUCAACAAGCACAGGAAAGACCCAGAAACGGGGCGCGCACCACCGGAGGCAUCCGCGCGGGUGCUGAUUAUUGGCGCCGUUCUCACCCCCGUCGGACAGCUGGUGUUCUCGUGGACGUGUCUACCGACGACCAUCCACUGGGCCAUACCGAUUGUCUUCGGGAUCCCGUUUGGCGCAGGGAACACCCUGACCUUCAUCUAUGGCUCCAAUUACCUGGCAGGCUCGUAUGGCAUCUAUGCUGCAUCGGCUCUUGCCGGCAACACGGUGAUGCGAUCCAUAUUCGGGGCCACUCUUCCGCUGGCCGGGCCCAGCAUGUAUGCAAAAAUGUCGCCACAGUGGGCUGGCACCUUUUUAGGCCUGCUUGAGGUCUGCUUGAUACCCAUUCCGAUCGUCUUCCUCCGGUACGGUGAGCGGAUUCGGGGACGAAGUCGGGUUAUCCGACAGAUGCGGGAAGACAACACCAAAAACGAGAACAAGCGAGUAAAAGAGAUGGCAAGAGUGCAAAGAAAGGAGAAGGAGGCGGAUGUUGCUGCUGCAGUAAAGCUGGGCGACGGUUCUGGACCGCUGGAGGCUGUUGGGGCAAGGGACAUCGAAAAGGGAGUUGAUGUACAGCCAGUGAUAGCUGUAAUUGGAGAGAAGUAA